AUGGGCUCAGAAGCUUUGGAGAAGCAGCAAGAAGACCUCAAAAAGCGACAGGAAGCAGUGAAAUACAGGCUGAGGAAACUGUCUGCUCGCCAGUCUGAGAUCACAAAACAGUCUUCCUCCAUCAGAGAGAGUAUCAUACUGAAGUACCAGGAGAUGCGUGAUGUUCUGGAUGAGGAUUUGAGGACCACCCUGUCUCAUUUGGAGAUGGAGGAGCGAGCUGCUGUCUCUGCUCUGGACGGCUUCAUGGAGACAAACUGCUCUCUGAUCCAGGAGAUAGAACAGGAGCUGGACAGACUCACGCUCGCAAUGGAACAAAUACAACUGCAGCCUCAAACUAUGUCCUUCUUUAGUAACACCGAGCUGGAGGACAUAGAGGAUAGAGUAUUGGAGACCCUGACCCUCACCGACCCCAGCCAUGUGACUCUGGACCAGGCCAAAUCGGAGCAGAUCCAGAAUCUAACCCACAACCUGCUGCAGCUCAUCCAGUCACAGACGCCUCUUAUCAAGAAGCUACUGCACAGCUACUCCACUGAGGUCCAUCUGAACCCUGACUCCGCCCAUCCCAAACUCCGCCUCUCUUCUGGUGGGGACAGUGUGAGCUACAGUGACACCUGGCAGGACAUCCCGGACCACCCCACCCGCUUCGACUCCACCCUUUAUGUCCUUAGCACCCAGGCCUUCAGCUAUGGACGCCAUUACAUUGAACUGGACGUUAGCGGGAAGUCUUACUGGGAACUGGGUGUCACGUACCCCACCAUACCGCGUAAAGGUCCCAGUGAGGCGUGCUGGUUGGGGAGGGGGGAGGAGUCUUGGUGUAUGGAGUACUUUGAUGGAGAGUACACAGCGUGGCAUGGGGGUAUACCACAUCAGCUGCCUGUUCUUAAACGCUAUAGUCAUAUUGGGGUACUCUGCAGUUUCCCUGCGGGACAAGUCAUGUUUUUGGAGGUGGGUAAGAUGACCCCCCUCUUCUCCUUCUGUGUUGGGACGUUCACUGAUAGUCUACAUUUGGCCCUAUGUCCUGGGCACGACCACAAUGGGACCAAUACUAAGCCUAUAGUAAUCUGUAAUGCACCAUCUCCCACCAGUGACCUAUGAGAGUUAAAGGGGCACUAUGAGUUUUUAGG